CUUCCAUUCUUUCGGCUUCUGAGCUCUCAUCUCUCUCUAUCUCAGAAAAAGAAGAAUCAAGAUUCAGAUGAAUCGACUCGCGCCUCUAUCAGAAGAACCCACAAAUGAUGAGGAAGAAGACAACAACAACAGCUCCAAGAAAGUAAAUUCAUGGAGAAACUGGCUGAAGAGCCACUUCUCUCUACUCUUCAACAAGAAAUCUGAUCUGAAGAUCCUCUUAAGCGUUCUGGGUUGUCCUCUUUUUCCUAUCUCACCCCAUGCCGGCCAACCCAACACCCACGUUUCGUCGUCGGCGGAGUACAUAAUACAGCAUUUCACGGCGGCGACGGGUUGCCGGAAACUGGAGGGCAAGGUGAAGAAUGUGUUCGCCACGGGAAAAGUGAGGAUGGCGAUGGUGGACGAGCUCGGGUCGAGCGGCUCAUCAACCGCCGUUGGACCCACCGGAGUUUCGCAAAAGGGUUGCUUUGUGAUGUGGCAGAUGGUUCCUGAUAAGUGGCUGAUUGAGCUGGUGGUGGGUGGCCACAAGGUUGUCGCCGGUAGUGAUGGUAACGUCGCUUGGCGCCACACGCCGUGGAUCGGCGCCCACGCCGCCAAAGGCGGCGUCCGCCCUCUCCGGCGAGUUCUUCAGGGAUUGGACCCACUGGCGGUAUCAGCUGUGUUCUCCUCAGCCCAAUACAUGGGGGAGAAGCGAAUCAUGGGCGUCGACUGCUUCGUCUUGAAAUUGUCAGCCGAUCACACGGACCUCGCUGAUCGCAGCGACAACACAGCGGAGAUGAUCAAGCACGUGAUCUUCGGCUACUUCAGUCAACGGAGUGGACUGCUGGUGUACCUAGAAGAUUCCUAUUUAACGCGCAUACAAUCACCUGGGUCCCGCCCCACGUACUGGGAGACCACCAUGGCCACCAAGAUCGAGGACUAUCGGACGGUCGAGGGCGUGAUGAUCGCUCACGGCGGUCAAUCAAGCGCCAUCAUCACACGCUUCGGAGACAAUUUGAAGGUGGGGCCCGCGAUCACGAGGAUGGAGGAGACCUGGACCAUUGACGAUCUGGCGUUCAACGUCCCAGGGUUGUCCAUGGAUUGCUUCAUCCCGCCUGAAGAAGUACAGAAAGAUUACCCCGAGGAGAACCUUGAUUGGAGAUCGCCACUGCACCGGUGAUAAUCGUGGGGCGGUUACGAGGUUGAUUUAAGUUGACUUUGACCUGAUAGGGAGACUGUUGUGUAUGUACAUAUAGAUUAUUGGUUAUGAUUUUGCUAAACAACAUGUUAUGAAAUAUAUGUAACAUGUAUCGUGUAAUGUUUUGCAUUAAAAUAUAUUUUUUCAAUCCAGCUAGGAUUUUAAUAAACGAUGAAUUUUGGA